AUGGACCUUGAAAUCAACCGCAGCACCGCUGGCGAGCCUGGGCAAGGCUUCGAUGACGAUACGAUCAAGCGCAUACACGACGAAUUCGAGCACCUCAACUUCCAGUACCAGACCGAGCUGAAUCAGCAACUCCAGAAGGGCGUCAUGCUGUUCGCAUCGGCCACGACUCGCAACAACUACCACAAGAACCGAUACUCCAACAUUCUCGCCACCGAGUCGACAAGGGUCAAGCUGAUAGCGCAUCGCGACCUCUUCCUCGACAGCGACUACAUCAACGCGAACUACAUCGAUGGCGAGAUCCCCGGUUCCAAGAAGACCUAUAUCGCCUGCCAGGCGCCUCUCCCCUCGACUCUCAGCCACUUUUGGCUCAUGCUCUGGGAAAACGAAAGCGCAGUCAUCGUCAUGCUCACCCGCCUGUGCGAGCGCGAGCGCGUCAAGGCUACGGCCUACUGGCCCGAGGACGUCGGCGAGAAGAAGCACUUCGGGCCAUUCUGCGUCACCUACGUCAAGGGCAAGAUCAUCAACACCUAUCUCGAGCAGCGGGUCUUCGAGGUGGAGCACGCCGGCCAGACUCGGCAGAUCAUUCAGCUGCACUACACCGAAUGGCCCGAUUUCGGAACCCCCGAAUCCACGCAGACGAUCCGCGAGCUCGUCGGUCUGAUGGACGUCUACCGCAUGAAGGGCAAGCUCUCUGGUCUUGGCGGGCCGAUCGUCGCGCACUGCUCGGCCGGCGUAGGACGAGCGGGCACCUUCGUCGCCAUCCACAUCUGCCUCGAGAAGAUGAAGUAUUUCAACUCGCUCGACCAGGUCAUCGACAUCCCUCGCACGGUCAUGCUGCUUCGACAGAGCCGCACCGGCAUGGUGCAAACGCCCGAGCAGUAUCGCUUCAUCUACGACGUCGUCCGCGAUGCCAGGCAGGAGUUCAAGGAGCGCGCACAGAGGGUGUUUGCUGCUCCCGGUCCUUCCCAGGUCGACGGCGACUUCAAGAGGCCUCACACCACCAAGCGGUCCAAGAUGCUCGACGGCGAAUGGGUGGACCCUCCGCGGUCCUUGCGAAGCAGCUGUGCCGCCUGCUACACCGCCUCUUCGUCGCUGUCCCUCGCCUCCUCUUCGCCGUAUGCCGUCGUCGCUGGAGACUCAAGCUCCUCGGAAGCAAGCGAGCUCUACGUCAGCGGGCCUACGACGGCCGAGGAGCGACGGAAGGCGUUCGCCACGACCGAGAAGAAGCGAAGACUCUCUUUUUCGCGUUCCUAG